UACCCGACAAUCCGCGACGGUGGAGAAAAGAGAAUCAACAAAUUUCGAUGGCCUACACGCACGACGUAUGUAGUGUAUACAUAUAUACUAUACAGCAGCCGCGAUUCGUCCUCGGGUCCUCGUCGGUUUUUCAUUCAUGACUGAUUGUCAUUUAGCGGAACGCCGUUUUUUCCGCUCACUCACGCGUUCACGAGGAUUAAUUUGCCGUUAUAUCGCGGCGACGUACGUGAUUUUUUUUUCGUUUAUUUUUUUCCUCUUUUUUUCGACGCACGAGAGCUGAAAAUCGGGUGUACAAAUUCGUUUGAUGAGGACUUCAGAAUCGGAUCGCCGACGGCUUGUAUUUUUAUGCGCGUGAAAGAGAGAACAAAAAAUCGAUUUGCCAGCUUUGCGUAUAAUAUUCGCUGUUUAUUAUUAUGCAUGUUUAUCUGUGCUGCCAAUUAUGUGAUUAUAUCUUACGAAUGCAUGCAUCGUCUAUAUAUAAUACUCAUACUCAUAUUAUAUUAACCGCUUUCAAUCAUCGCUCGCGUUCGUCGAUUUUAUUUGCAAACAAAGUUUGAUUGUUUGGAAAUCCUCCGCGCGUAUACGAUACCAAAAUCGUCGGCUAAUGAAUACCGGCUGCGCUGAUCGAUUUGCAUAUGUGGAUAGUUAUAGCCGGUUAAGAGAAAGAGACGGAUUAUCCGCCGCCGAUGCUCACGAUGUUUUCUUUUAAUUUGCGCUUAUCGCGUGCGUGUGCGCGUCUACGUAGCUGUAUAUAGGAAUCGAUUGUAAUAGAUCGAACAAUGCGAACGAGUAGCCAACAAAAAGCUGACGUCUACGUUGUUUAUAACAUUAUGAUUGGCGGGUGUAUAAUAAUUUAUAAUAUCGACUCGUCGGGACAUUAUACAUUAUGCGUGCACGUAUUGUAUAGAUAUAUAUUAUAAUUUAUUGGUUUCACUGACCGAUUAGCUACCGUAAAGGUCAGGCCGAAUCGAAUGGCCAUAUUUAUUUGAAAAUAAUAUUGUUUUAAUGAUACUAUUAAGUCAAAAAAAAGCACUUAAGCAUUCAUCAACUUUUCAUAUUUAACAAGCCUUGUUAACUGAGGCACAUUUGCCGUCGGUGGUGUCGCAAACGGUGGCACCAUCUUUAAUGAAUCUACGAUACUAUCAUGCGGCGCUUUAUAUAUAAGUAUUAUAGUAACACACAUCGCCUCGCAUCGAGUGAGUUUGUAAACAAGAAUGCGAAAAAAUCAUAACCUGCGAGACUGCAAGAACUUGUGCGAGAGGUGCAAAAACAGUACGAAUUUCUUCUCUCGAGCCAUGAAAUUGAACAGGUGAUAAAUAAACAAAAGUAAGGGAUCCAAAGUGGAAUCAAGUGUAAAAUGUUUAUCGUCACGAAAACGAUCGACAGUGAAAAUAUCAGCAAAGUUUGCAGAACUUGUUUGAGGGAAGACAACGACAAGAUGGUUUGUUUAUUCAUUGGUCCAGCCGAAUCAUCUCUCGGUGCCAAAUUGCAGUCUCUCUCUUGUUUGGAGGUUGCUCAAGGCGAUGGUCUUCCAGAAAAGAUGUGUGAUCGAUGCGUGACAAGAGCAGAAUCCGCCCUGCUCUUUAGAGAGCAGUGCCGAGCUGCGGAUCAAGCUCUGAGGCAAGCAGCUGUCAGAGUAUCCAAGGAAAGAGUACGGCAAAAUGUUCUUCCUUGCAAAGCGUAUCAGCAAACUCCCAGUUUUGUGCCAUUUCAGUAUUCUCAAGAGGCGCUGAAGCCAAGCGAUUGCAGAGCUCUGGCAAACCAUCAGGAGCUGUAUCUGCACAAUCGACUGCAUCCUCCGUUCUACAGAGAAGAAGAUAACAUACCUCAGCAUAUGCACAUUGUUGAGUCGCACAAUAACUAUCUUAAUUUGAGCAGGUACAGUGGUGGUUCCAUAAGCCAUGAAAGUCUAAGGCCAGAUGACUUUGACCCAAUCACUAGGCAUAAUACAAUACAGAACAGAGCAUCUUGUGCAUUGCAGUGUUCUCUGUGUCACUGCACUUUCACCAAUAGAACUCAGUUAGAGAAUCACUGUAUAACUCACAAUUCGGAUAACGUUGAUAUAUCAAGCGAUGAAGUUAAUAUUGAAGUCGAAGAGAACUCCAAUCAUCUUGAAAGGAAUCACAGUUACGAGAGAUGCAUAAGCCAGUCCGUGCAACAACCCACUGAAAGUAUUGCGUACAAUAAAAUGAAACGAGAUUGCGAAAGUAGUUUUCAAGAUCUGACAUUCUCAAACUCCAUUAAUGGAAAGUAUUCCGACCAGGUGAGUGUAAUCAGUACGAGAGUUAUUUCUCAAGAGCCAGAAUCUAUGGCGCGUUCGAAGCCUCAAGAAAUUCCCGAGAAGAAUAGAUUCAAGUGCGAAACGUGCUCCAGAUUAUUCAGUCAAAAGUCCAAACUCUUAGCUCAUCAAGCUACCCACGAUAGAAAAAAGCCAUUCAAAUGUAUGGACUGCGGCAAGUCUUAUUCCUCGAGAAGUAAACUCACUGCCCACUCGAGACUGCACACGCAAACAAACGUUCACCGAUGCAAGAUCUGCCAAAAGAUAUUCUCCUAUCCAUCGUACUUGGCGGACCACAUGAAAUCCCACGACGCUAAACCGGUAAAAAGGACAGCCUCCUUCGAGUGCGCGCAGUGUAAGAAGCAAUUUCAAUUUGCCAAAAGCUACAAGCGACACAUGAAAUUUCACACGGGCAAGGACUUGUUCCACUGCGAUAUCUGUGACAAACUGUUCAACCAGAAGUACGCGUUGAAGACUCACAUGAGGUCCCACGAGUUCGCCAGGUUUCACAAGUGCGACUUGUGCGAUAAAUCGUUUAAUCAGAAGAGCAACCUCGUAGAACACAUGAGAAUUCACACGAAAGUCAAGCCGUUCAAGUGCAAAACUUGCGAAAAGAGUUUCGCGCAGUCUAGUCAUUUGAAGAGUCACGAGGCGUCGCACGAUUCGGUCCGGCAAUUCCAGUGCCGCAUGUGCGGAAAACGAUUCAAACUGGCGAGUCAUUUGAAACGCCACGUCAACCUGCACACGGGUUUGAAAAUGUACAAGUGCGACCAAUGCGAGCAGGUAUUCUCCCAGGCAUUCAGCUUGAAGCGCCAUUCGAAAAAGCACUCGGAAUGAAAUUUGCCCCGAGAGUAUUUUACACGUGUAUCAUAUUAUUCUGUACAUAAAGAAUGAACGUUUUUGUCGUUUUAAUAAUUGCCAGAAAUACAAUUUAUACUUAACGAAAUUAUCAGUCUACACAUAUUGAUCAAGCUUAAUUAUAACGAUAAGCUAGAAGUAUAAAAUUUAAAGUAUCAAAAGCUCUCAGUUCUUCUUGUGCGUCAGCAGAGUCUUCGUGAUGAUAUCCAAGGCCGUUCGUAUUUGUUCCUCGUUGAUGCACAGCGGCGGCGAUAUCCUGAUAAUGUAAUUGUGCGCCGGUCUCGUCAGCAGGCCCUGCUUGAUCAGCUUCGCGCAGAUGUCCCAGCCGUUCGCGAAAUCUACGUGGAACAGAACAUCGUCAGACGUGCACCACAUCUUACGGAAGAAUGUAAUAUAAUAGAAGCAUACCUGGGUUGAGCUUCAGGCCCGCGAGCAGUCCUCGGCCUCUGAACUCCAGGGCGAUAUCCUUGGGUAUCUUCUCGAGCUCCGUCCUCACGAUCUCGCCCAUCUUCGCGGCGUUAUCCGCGAGCUUCUCCUCCUCGAGGACCUUCAUCGCUUCGAGGGCGACCCUCUGGCCCAGAGGACUGCCGCCGAACGUGCUACCGUGCACGCCCGUCUCCAGCGCCAGGAUGAUCUAAUCGCUGACCUUGUCCAUGCCGAGGACACCGGAGACCGGAUACAUGCCGCCGGAGAGAGCCUUGCCGAGCACCAGGAGGUCGGGCUUGACGCCCUCGUGGUCGACCGCGAACCUCUUGCCCGUACGGCCGAGUCCGGUCUGGACUUCGUCGGCGAUCCAGAGCACGUUAUACUUGGUGCACAGUUCCCUCACGCCUUUGAGAUAACCGUUCUGCAAACAAUUCCGAUGCAUCCAUCAUCGUUAAACAAGUCGGGGCUGUGAGUGUAAAGCCGAGUGUGAUAAGUUCAACCGAUCGCUCAUACCGAUGGAACGUUGACCCCGGCCUCGCCCUGGAUCGGCUCGACCAUGAACGCGCAGAUGUUGGGAUUCUCCUUGAACUUCUGCUCGAGCGCGUGCAGGUCGUCGUAGGGGACGCUCUCGAAGAGGGGCAUGAAGGGUCCGAAGUCCGUGUAGCUGUUGGGGUCCGUCGAGGCGGACACGGCUGCGAGAGAUCGGCCCCAGUAGUUACCCUUGGCGAAUAUCGUCACCGCUUGGUUGCUCGGGAUCUUCUUGAUUCUGUAGCCGAAGCGACGGGAGAUCUUCAGCGCUGUGUCGCCCGCUUCCACGCCUGCGAACCGAUUUUUUAUUGUAUCAAAUUCACCCGACGAUUCCAGGAAGUAUAAUUAUAAGUUGUUAUGUCCGACGUUGCUAAAAUUAUCGGGAAGAAUAAAUUAUUUUUUAAUUUUUCGA